AUGAAAGGGUCGGAUUUCAAAUUUGAGAGAAUUUUAACUUCUUUCACAGUUAUUGAUUUUUCAAGCAACCAUUUCAAGGGGUCGAUUCCUAACGAACUUGGAGAACUCAACUCACUCAUAGUGCUCAACUUUUCACACAAUAGCUUAGCAGGUAAUAUCCCACCACCACUUGGAAAAUUGGCAGCACUUGAAUCCUUGGAUCUCUCGUCAAACAAGCUUCAAGAAAGAAUCCCAGUGCAGUUAACUGACUUGACAUUUCUUGGAGCAUUGAAUCUUUCUAAUAACAAUCUUGAGGGGCAUAUACCGUUAGCUAAUCAUUUCGAUACUUUCUCAAAUGAUUCCUUCAAUGGCAACUCCGGACUAUGUGGAUUUCCAUUGUCAAAGAAAUGUGGCAACGAUCAGGAACUAGAAUCACCUCCAUCAAUAGUUGCUGAUGAAUCUGAAACAAGUAUUUGGAAAAUUGCAGCAAUGGGUUAUGAAAGUGGACUAGUGCUUGGAUUGAGUAUGGGAUACAUAGUUUUCACAACUGGGAGACCUCGUUGGCUAGUGAAGAUGAUCAAGCGAAACCCACAAAUGAGAAGAAGGAUCCGUCGAAAUGGAAGCAGAAAGAAUUAG